AUGGCAUCAAUUCGAUCGAUCGCUGCUACAGCUCUGCUGCUGGUGUCGGCGGCUCAAGCACACUUCAAGCUCAACUCUCCGCCCACAAUUGGCUUCAGCGAUGAUAACGAGGGCUCCGCUCCUUGCGGAAGCUUCACUCCAGACUUCACCAAGGACAACGUGACAGAUUUCCACGUCAGCGGCGAGGCCAUCUCGUUAUUGCUUGCGCACCCUCAGGCCAACUGGCUGUUCCGUGGUACACUGGACCAGACGGCUGCUUCGAACUGGAAGCAGCUGUUCCCUAUCGUACAGCAGAAGGGACUGGGCGACUUUUGCGAACCUUCCGUAACUGCACCUGCAAGCUGGGUCGGCAAGAAGGGCGUCUUGAGUGUUGUCGCCGACGGACCAGACGGUUUGCUCUACCAAUGCUCCGCCGUAAACUUCGUCGAGGGUACAGGCACCCAACCCGCGAGCUGCAAGAACGCAACCUCCGUCUCCGCUUCCUUCGCAACGGACUCCAAGCUGACUGCGUUGGUGGCGAAUGGGACCGGUAGCGCAACCCAGCCAUCGACAUCAAACAGCGCUAACAGCGGCGCUCCUGCCAAAGGUGCUGCUAUAUCUGUGGGUGGCCUCAUGGUUCUGGCGGGCGCGGUCAUCGUUGGGUCCGCGAUGCAGUGA